AUGCUUGCAUAGAAUGUUUAUUCUGCCGUUAUGGGGCGUUGUGUUUUGGUGCUGGUAUAGGGUCCUAUCAAUGUUGAUUUGUUCCUGUUGUCAGUGUCGUUGAAUCCACAGAGACACAGACAAAAAUGUCUUGAGAUGACAAGUUCUGGUUGUGUCCAGUCUCAAUGAGAGAAGCUACACCUCUGCCUGCUUUCUUUCUUUACGAUAGUUCAGCCCUGCAUAGCUACAUCACUUCAACAUGGCCGCCCACAGGCUGCAGUGUCACCAUGGGCGCAGCCAUAUUGGCACCGCCACGAAAAGGAGUGUAGCGCCUCAUAAUGUUGAUUACGUACUGGCACCCUCGAAGCAAGAAGCCUCUGCUGAGCAUGCGUAAAUAGGCUGUAGGCCGCGCCCCCAGGAGUUUGGCCGGCGGGUGAAGUGGGGAGAGGGAGUAACCGGAAGUGGUUUGCAUUUUCUUUUCUGCAACCCCUGUCCUGGCGGGAGGCAACUGAGAGAGCAGUGUGAGUGAGGAGCAGAUCUCUGCCCCUUUCCCGGAAGAGCCAAAAAUGAACAAAUCCCGGCACUUGAAAAAUGUUGUGCCACUUCCUUUGGAUUGCACAGUUCAUGAGAGCAGUGUCCUUUGAGGACAUAACUGUAGACUUCAGCAUGGAGGAGUGGCAGCACCUGGACCUUGCCCAGAAGAGCCUGUACAGGGAUGUGAUGCUGGAGAACUAUUUCAACCUGAUCUCAGUUGGAUGUCAGGUUCCCAACCCAGAAGUCAUCUUUAGCUGGAAUCCAGAAGAAGAGCCAUGUUCACGGGGAAGCAAGAACUCAAGUCAGAGUUAUCCAAGUGGAGAUAUUGGUAUUGAGAGUUUACAACAGGAGCUGUCUGAAGAAUUGUUCUUCCAGUCGGAAAUAAUUCAUCUCUUUAUAAGAGAUUUAGAAUUGUGGAAAGAUGAUACAUGGAGAGGGAGGUAUGAGGAAAACCAGAACAAACAAAAUCAUGUUGCCUUCACCAACAAGGUAACACUAGCUAAUGAGCUAGACUGUGAGGACACAGGAAAAAUGGCUCCUGUACAUACACAUCUUGUUACUUCAAGAAGAGGAUUCCACCAGGGCAGCUCAUUUGGAAAGAGUUUGAAGCCUGUCGCAGGCUUAUAUAAUCGUAAUAGAAAUGAUGCCACGGAAAAUCUUGGUAAGAUUAUUGGAUAUGGGGAUAUGUUUACUCCUAUUAAUUCUCAUCCAGAAAUGAAUGUGGGUGCAGCUAAUCAAUGUAGGGAACUUCUGAGCCCUAAGCAACGUCUCAUUCAACAUGAGAAAAUUCAUCCUGAGGAGAACUUCCGUUUGUUUUCUGACUUUGUAAAAGAUUACACCCAGAAGUCACCUCUACUUUCAUGUCUGAGUAUUUAUGCUGAAAAACAGCAAGAGUGCAGCAAACACGAGACAGUCUUCACUCAGAAACCCCAGCCAACUGUACCGCAGAGGAUCUUUACUGAAGAGAAACCCUUUAUGUCCACUGAAUUUGGGAAGGAUUAUUCCCUCAAGUCAAAUUAUCAGAAAACUCAUAAUGAAGAGAAUUACUAUAAAUGCAGUGAGUAUGGAAGAGGCUGUAUCCAGAAGUCUGAUCUGUUCAGUUGCCAGCAAUAUCUUACUGGAGAAAAACUCUAUGAAUAUGGGCAGUAUGGGAAAAACCUUCCUCAGAAUUCAAAACUCACUAUACAUAAGAAAGUUCCUACUAUAGGGAAGGACUUUGAAUGCACUGAAUGUGGAAAAGCCUUUACAAGAAAAUCAACACUAAGUAUGCAUCAGAAAAUUCAUACAGGAGAAAAACCUUAUGUAUGUACUGAAUGUGGGAAGGCUUUUAUCCGGAAGUCACAUUUCAUCACACAUGAAAGAAUUCAUACUGGAGAGAAGCCCUAUGAAUGCAGUGAUUGUGGGAAAUCUUUUAUUAAAAAGUCACAACUACUUGUGCAUCAGCGGAUUCACACAGGAGAGAAUCCCUUUAUCUGUUCAGAAUGUGGGAAGGUCUUUACUCACAAGACGAAUCUCAUUAUACACCAGAAAAUUCAUACUGGAGAGAGACCUUAUGUAUGUACUGAAUGUGGUAAGGCCUUUACUGAUAGGUCAAACCUCAUUAAACACCAAAAAAUUCACACUGGAGAGAAACCCUACAAAUGCAGUGACUGUGGAAAAUCAUUUAUCUGGAAGUCUCGGCUCAGGAUCCAUCAGAAGUGUCACACUGGUGAGAGGCAUUAUGAAUGCAGUGACUGCGGGAAGGCGUUCAUUCAGAAGUCAACACUCAGUAUGCACCAGAGAAUCCACAAAGGAGAAAAACCCUAUGUUUGCACUGAAUGUGGGAAGGCCUUCUUCCACAAGUCACACUUUAUUACACAUGAGAGGAUUCAUACUGGAGAGAAACCCUAUGAAUGCAACGGUUGUGGGAAAUCCUUCACUAAGAAAUCGCAACUCCAUGUUCAUCAGCAGAUUCAUACUGGAGAGAAACCCUAUAGAUGUGCUGAAUGUGGAAAAGCAUUCACAGAUAGGUCAAACCUCUUCACUCACCAGAAAAUUCACACUGGAGAGAAACCCUAUAAGUGUAGUGACUGUGGAAAAGCCUUCACUCGGAAGUCAGGCCUCCAUAUACAUCAGCAGUCCCAUACUGGAGAAAGACAUUAUGAAUGCAGUGACUGUGGGAAAGCCUUUGCAAGGAAGUCAACACUCAUUAUGCAUCAGAGAAUUCACACGGGAGAGAAACCUUAUAUUUGUACUGAAUGUGGGAAAUCCUUCAUCCAGAAGUCACACUUGAAUAGACAUAGAAGAAUUCACACAGGAGAGAAACCCUAUGAAUGCACUGACUGUGGGAAAGCCUUCAUUAAGAAGUCACAGCUCCAUGAGCAUCAUCGAAUUCAUACAGGAGAGAAACCAUAUAUUUGUGCUCAGUGUGGAAAAGCCUUCACCAUCAGAUCAAACCUUAUUAAACACCAGAAAAUCCAUACUAAACAGAAGCCCUAUAAGUGCAAUGACUUGGGGAAAGCCUUAAACUGGAAGCCACAACUUACAAGUCCACUCAGUAUAAAUCAGAAGUCUGAUAUUGUAGAGUGCCCAAUGCUACAAUCAUGGCCUGGUGAUACAAAGAAAUCAGAGGCUACAGCUUGAAACAAGAAGCGGGAGGUAACCAUGAAUCACCUACCACCUUCAGUCUAGUCAAAAUUAAUGAAUAUCUGUAUCAUAUAUCUGAUAUUCAUUAUAUAUCUGGAGAGAUCCUUUGGAGAAAGUAUCUAAUAAGCAAUGUGUCACAGUCAUACUUGGUUAUGUGACAGAUUGACAGGCUCUGCAAAUAGUAAAGAUGCAAAAGGUGGAUGAUUCGGUGCAUGCCUACAAUCCUGGGUAAUCGGAAGCCUGAGGCAGGAGGAUCAACUGAGCCCAGGAAUUUGUGACCAACCUGGGUAAUAUAUAAAAGGUAAAGAGAUGACUUACAAUUUCUCUUUGAGUAAACAGCUGUAUUAAGUCAGGGCUGUUGAGUUUUUUAUGCCUUUGGUGGCAAAAACCACUUGGUAUUGACCAAAAAAAAGGUAGAGUAGUAAGAAAAUUUUUGUUGUGUAAGUCCCCUAAGAAUUCUGAGAUCAAGGCAGAAGUUAGUUAAUUCAUGUCUUUAAUGAGAAGAAAAUGGACAGUUUUGUGAAAAUCGACACAAGGGACUCUACUUUUCCUUUGAGAAGUUAUUUAUUGUUUUUAGCGCUUACUGGUAUAUGCUGUGGCACUGGGUUCUAGGAAAUCUAAAUGGGCUUCCUGCCAGUAUCCCAGCAUUGAUCAGUGAUGUGAUAGCAAUUUUGUAAUUGUGUCACCUCAGAACUGUCCCUUAGGUCACAGAACUUAGCCACAGGGUCCUAGAUCUAGGUAACAACACUUUGGAUCCUCAACUUUUUUCAAAGAAAACUGUGCUUUCUUAAUGACUUCUGUUUGAAAAAGGGGCAAAUUAAGAAAAAUGGGUUCCAAAAUAUUCUUUGCCUUCAUUUUUUUUAGUAUGUCCUCUGUAUAUUCAUUGCAGGCUAGAUUACCAUGAGGCACUACUGCUCUGCAUUUCAGCUUGUUUUCUUAUAUAGUUCAGUGAUUGGAAAAG